CCUUCCAUGUCUGGGGAACGGAACUUCCGCUUCGGACGGACAGCGGCAGGCACCCGGUUCCUGGUCCCACUGCUGCCCAGCCCAGCGGCGCCAGCGGACCCCAGGUUCCCAGGAGCAGCUGAGACGGUGUGGUGAUGAAGACCCCGAGGGCGGCGGUCCCGGCACUGCUGCUGCUACUGCUCCUGGGGCUGCUGGACUCCUGCUGGGCCCAGAAGAGCUGCACCGGGCACCCGGCCAUCCCUGGCACCCCUGGCAUCCCCGGGCUACCUGGCUCUGAUGGCAAACCUGGGACCCCAGGGGUAAAGGGAGAGAAAGGGCUGCCAGGGCUAGCUGGAGACCAUGGCGAGUUUGGAGAGAAGGGGGACACAGGGAUUCCUGGGAAUCCAGGAAAAGUUGGCCCCAAGGGCCCUCUUGGCCCCCCAGGCUUACCAGGGCCCCCUGGACCCCCUGGCCCCGAGGGUGAAUCGGGCGACUACAAGGCCGUAGAGAAAGUCGCCUUCUCGGCCAGUCGGACCCUCAACAUGGCCCUGCGGCGGGACCAGCCCAUCCGCUUCGACCACAUAAUCACCAAUGUGAACAACAACUAUGAGCCUCGCAGCGGCAAGUUCACCUGCAAGGUGCCCGGCCUCUACUACUUCACCUACCACGCCAGCUCCAGAGGGAACCUGUGCGUGAACCUCAUCCGCGAGCAGGAGACCAAGCAGAAGGUGGUCACCUUCUGUGACUACGUCUCUAACACCUUCCAAGUCACCACGGGUGGCAUAGUCCUCAAGCUGGGCCAGGGGGAGCGAGUCUACCUGCAGGCCACCGACAAGAACUCCCUGAUCGGCAUGGAGGGCGCCAACAGCAUCUUUUCCGGGUUCUUGCUCUUCCCAGAUGUAGCGGCUUGACCCGGAGCCUGAUUCUCCCCCUUCCAUCCCCCCCAACAGCAACAUUCAACUUCAGCCCCAACCCCACCACCCCACCUGGCCAAAGCACACAGUAGGGCUCCAUGGAUGUUGCUGAAUAAAUCAACUCUUCAAGGUCA